GAGGAAGGUCAGCAAACUUCAGCAGGCUCUGGAGAGCCAGCAGCAUCAACUGGCAUCAAGGAUGCGAAAAUCUACCACUGAGUUAAAGCACCAGUUGGAGACUUAGAAGCAGAGAGGAUUAAACUUGCCCAGCAAGCACACCUCAUGUCUGUUGACCUUGAGCAGGCUAGGGAACAGAUUAUGAUUAAAAACAAGGAGAACCUCAAGCUGCAAGAAGAUAAAGUAUCUUUGGAGUGCCAGGUGCAAGAAUAUGUGACGAAACUGCACUCCACACAGGUCUCCUUGAGUCAGGAAGAAGAGCUGCAGACCAAGCUGAACAGCAGGAAGGAGAUGAGUUUGGUCAUGCAGGACUUUAGCAAACAGCUGCUUAAACAAAUGGAAGAUGCCAGAACUCAAGGUCAAGAGCAUGACACCAAACAAGUGCAGAAGCUGAAACAGGACCUUCGCUCUCUGGAGACACAGCUGAAUGCCGAGAAAGCACUUCACAGCAUCACCAAAAAUGCACUGCAGAACUUGGAGGAGGAUUGUGCAAGGCUACGGCAACAAAUCCAUGCCAUGCGACGGAAAGGAUACGCUCAUGAAAAGAAACACAAAAGUCGGAUGGAAGAAAUUAACGAGAUAAUUGCUCGCUCUCAGACUCGAGCACAAGUCAUGAUGGCAGCAGGUGUUUAUACAGAUGGAACUUUCCGGAAUAUGAACCCCUCACGAGAUUUUAAUGUGUCUGCAGCAGCCAAUGCCAGUGGCGAUAUCUCUCCUGACACCUCCUUAGCACUAAGUGAAUCAUCAUUUACUACUGGAGCAUUUCUUAAUAAUUCUUUCCUCAACUUGUCAGGCACUGUCUUUCCUGGUGCAUCAUUAAGCAAGUGAUUGCUUUAGUCUGUGAGUGGCAGGUGUCUCUCUAAUCAUUAUGCUUUACCAUAAUGUUGAGAGUAAAAUUGAAAUUCAACUUAGGAUAGUAACUUUUUUCAGGGCUCACUUUUUUUUUUUAAACUCUGAAAUCACACUGGAUGUACUCAAACUAAUUACCCCCUAAAUGUGCAAUAAAAUCUAGCAUACCGAGAGACUGGUUGGAAAGUUAUGAAAUGAUAUGAAUAAACGCGUCUCAUGACAC